AUGGAGACUCGUUUCAGUAAUAGUAUACAGCGCGAAGAGCGGAAAAGACUAAAAGCGGAAAAAGAGCAGAACGAUCGAGACAAAGCGCAAAAGGACCAAGAUGAUAUCGACGAUCAGAUUCUCUGGGAGGCCUCCUCUUCAGGUUUUAUCGUUGUCGUUCUCAAACCCCCGCAAGCCCUGAGCCAAGCGGAUUCAAUCCCCGUCGCACUGCUACGGUAA